CUAAAAUAACAACAACAACAAACAGCACACAAAACAACAACAGCAGAUUGUUGCAGCCACGUCUAUUUUAUAAUAUACAUUUGAAAUUUUGCAUUGAUCAUCCAAGGGAAAAGCAUCCCCUAGCAUCACGAUGUCAGAAAACACACGAACCAGAUCAAAAGGUCGCUCAAAUGCUCAAAAAAAGAAACAAGACAUUGAAGACUCAAAGAUCGACACUGAAAGUCUUGAAACCUCACAAGAAAAUUAUGAUAACCAAAAAAUAGACCGGCGAGGUUUACAAGGAGACUACCUAAAUAUCCUUCUUUUGACAUUCCUUUAUGUGUUACAAGGCAUUCCACUAGGGCUUGGAGGCAGUUUACCUAUGUUGCUUCAGAGUCGCAAAGUCAGCUACAGUGACCAGGCAAAGUUCAGUUUUGUACAUUGGCCCUUUAGUAUCAAGUUGCUCUGGGCCCCACUGGUUGACGCAGUGUACGUGCAUUGGAUGGGACGUCGAAAGACUUGGCUGGUCCCAAUUCAGUACUUGAUAGGCGUGUUCAUGUUGACGUUGUCGACGAGGGUCGAUGAUCUGCUGGGAACAGAAACUUCCAAUGACACAAAAGUGGACAUUUUCACGUUGACCGUAGUGUUCUUCUGUUUGAAUUUUUUGGCUGCUACUCAGGAUAUUGCUGUGGAUGGGUGGGCACUCACCAUGCUUGCAAGACGUAACGUGGGCUGGGCCAGCACGUGCAACACAGUGGGUCAGACUGCGGGAUACUUCCUGGGAAAUGUGCUCUUUGUGGCCCUGGAGUCUGCAGACUUCUGCAACAAGUACCUGAGAUCUGUACCGCAAGAUGUGGGCAUCGUCACCCUGUCCGGCUUCCUAUACUUUUGGGGUCUGGUGUUCUUCAUUUCGACAACACUGGUGUGGAUAUUCAAGUCAGAGAAGGUGGACCCGGAGGUUGACCCUGAUCAAAGCAUUUUGGAGACGUACAAACAGCUGUACAAGGUCAUCAGACUCAAGCCUGUCAUUGCCCAUUGCAUGGUCUUGUUGACUGUCAAGGUCACGUUUGCAGCUGCGGAUGCAUUAUCAGGCUUGAAGCUGAUUGAGGCCGGCAUGCCCAAGACCACGCUGGCCAUAUUUGCGGUACCCAUGGUGCCCAUACAGAUCAUACUGCCCCUGCUGAUAUCCCGAUACACCUCGGGGCCCAGGCCUAUGAAGCUGUUCACAUGGGCCAUAACUCCCAGGAUCUUGAUGGGGCUUGUCUAUGCCUAUAUUGUCUACAUUGCCCAUUACAUACAGACCUCACCUGGGGUGUUUCCUACAUACUUCUAUCUCCUUAUCCUUGGCAGCUAUGCAGUACAUCAGGUGUUUGUAUACUGUAUGUUCGUCUCUGUAAUGGGUUUCCACGCCAAGGUCAGUGACCCGGUCAUCGGUGGAACCUACAUGACCCUGCUCAACACUGUGGCCAAUCUGGGUGGUACUUGGCCGACCACUGUGGCUCUCUGGGCGGUGGAUACCCUGACAUGGAAGUCAUGUGAUGGAGCUAGCAACCAAUCGUGUUAUACGGCUGAUGAAAGCCAUGCCUGUAAGGAAGCUGGUGGCACUUGUAUUACAACGCUAGAUGGCUACUACUUGGAGUCAGCACUGUGUAUAGUCAUAGGAUUCCUGUGGUUGCUAUGGGGACGCAAGAAAGUGAAACAAUUGGACGAUCUAGAUUUGAAGGCUUGGAAAGUGUCCUGAUACUAGGCUGAUUUUUCAUAGGACGUUUUAAAGCAUUAAGCCUCAUUCUGGGUAAUAGAGAAUAAUAGGUUAGUGUUGAUUAUAGAUCAGGUUUAUCAUGCGAGGCUUAGAAAACAAAAAGCACGAGCCUUGGCGAGUGCUUUUUCGUUUUCGUGCCGAGCAUGAUAAACCUGAUCUAUAAUCAACACUAACCUAUUAUUCUAUUUAUCCCACUUUUUAUUUUGUAAACCUUUUUGUUUAAACAAAAUUAGUUUGACUGGAUUAUUUCGCUGGAUUUAUGACGUCAUUUCGGCGAAAUAUUUACGUCAUUUCCUGCCGUUGAUUAUAGAUGAUAUUUAAUCAACGGGGCUUUAAUCAACGGAAUUCGCUGUAAAAGUGGGAUAAAUUGGAAUUAAUGCAUGUGCUUUAAGUGUCAUCACUGAUUAAAUUGUGCAGUCCACACAGGCUAAUCAGAAAAGACUCUUUCCGCCUAAACUGGAUUUUCUUUUUAAAGAGACGCCUUCCAUAAAAGUAGACAGUGUAAUCCCUAAUAAGCUUGUGCAGACUUCACAGGCUAAUCUGGGACGACAAUUCGCGCAUCGGCAUUAAGCCACCUUUUCCCAGAGUACAACUUAAUUGCUCAGCAUAAAUUUGAAUCAUGAAAUUGAGUCUCAGGAGAUACAUUUUAUUUAUAAAUGUUCUUCAUGAAACAAGUGAUACUCAUAACGAAUGAGGGUUUGCAUUGCAAUAAAUCUCUGCCAUCAUUUGGACACGUUUCUAUCUCAUCAAAGAUGUUAAGACACCAUUUAGUCAUUACUGAAAUUGUUGUUUUGUGAUAGAGACAUAUAUGACCUGUAUGUGUUGAAAUUUAAUUUUAAUACAGAUAUCAGCUUGUGUUUGUUAUAUUUUAAUUUAUUUUUUCAGUAUAAAUCAGUUUAUCUUAAAAGACAAUACAAAUACUUUUGAUGAGUUUCAUCUAUUUCUAUAUGUCUUUUUGUGAAUAUUGAAUUGAAUAAGCUGAAUUGUCAGUAUAAACUGACAAUGUGUUAACCAUAGUCACACAAUAAAAUGUAAUACCGGUAUAUCGUAUAAUUAAGCAUUAUAAGCAAAGACUGAAGACCUAUUUUGGUAUAACAGCACUGAGUGACAAUUUUGUAAUUAUAUGAGGAAACUGUAAACAAAAUCUUAUGGUUAAGCAAACAAGAAUAUUUGUUUAUUUAACUUUUCAAAACCAUAAAUCAUUUCAUGAGUUUCAGUUUUAUAUUGCCACAAUUGAUAAUCAACUCAAUAAAUAAUUUCUAUCAUAUCUAAAUUAUAUUUAUUUAUCAUAUGCCUUACCCUGUUUCCCAUGUAAUAUAACAAUUACGAAUAUUUGUAUCUUGCACAUGUGUAAUAUACUUUUUAGGCAUUUUCAUUGGCUUAUUUUCGUUCCAUUGACCAAUCGCAUUUUGUUCUUUUGCUGAAAUGACGUUGCAACGUCAAAUGACGUCACGAAAUGUAAACAACAUUCGGGAUUAAUCAUUAUGUUUGCGUAAAUAUUUACUUAAUUUGCUCAUUUAAAAGCAUGUGAUAAAAAAGAUCUCACACUCGUUGUCAUUUCAUACUAUAUUUUAUUAAACUCAUCCAGGAAGCUCGCUUACUAACAAAAUUCCUGAAGUUGUUUAAAAAACUAUGGAAUGAUAUGACAACUUGUGCCAGAUACUAUAUAUGUGUAUUUCCUCAUGCAUUUUUCAAUAUAGAUAUAAAUUAUUUAACAACCAUUGUGCACAGUUUUAUUGAGAGAAAAAAUGCUGAUAUUGUCAACUGUUGUCGACUAAAUAACUUAAUUGCUAUGUUUGUCAGUCAUUUCUUCUUUAUUUCUAUAUAAUGCUUGGUAGCUAGAGGUGAUGGCUAUGUCAAUUCUUCUUUUUUGUCACCAUCAUGGUUUGAAUUAGUAUUGGUUCAUCUUGAGACUAAAAACUGAGUAUGAAAUACUCAAUAAUGAAUAAUUUAUGUUAUUUUAUUUAAAUUAAUAAUUAUUAAAUACAAGAUUUGAAUAAAUGAAAAUAAAAGGUUUUGAAUAUUCCUUAUUUUGUUGCUUUUUUGCCAAGUUUUGAGCUGUAUCUUUAAAUUUGCAUUUUUUCCUCCACCAAAGAUAACAGUUUUGUCUUAUAGGUGUAUGUGUACUUUAUUUUUCGUGAUUGCACCGGAAAUUUCACGAAAAGCAAUUGCUCCCAGAAUGCUUGUUAGUCCCUUAACGGUUUCACCAGUGGGACUUAUGGUUUGCGCUCUGUGUGUCUGUCAGUUCGUCAGUCUGUCACACUUUUCUUGAUCCUGCGACAACUUUAAAAGUUCUUCAUGUUUUUUCAUGGAACUUGAAACAUGGACAGAUGGCAAUAUGGAUAUUAUAUACGUCAUUUCAUUUUGUUCCUACGUUAAGAAUUCUGGUUGCUAUGGUAACAAAUUGACUAGAAAUAUUGCUAAAAAUGGUGGACCCUGCGAUAACAGGUAGGGGACUUUUAUUGCUUGGCAAUUGUCUUGUUAGUUUUGUUACAGGGAAAAGAGUGAGCUACAGGAAAUCCCCGCUCCAGAGACAACCCAGGGCCUUUUAGUACCAGGUUUGAAGCAUCUAGUACACUUGACCUCAGUUAACCCUUUACCACUUGGAUACGUAUUUAACCCUUUAAUACUUGGACACGUAAUUUGACAUGUUUGGAGUCCCUUAGAAAGUUAAAUUUUAUUAAAGACCUUUCUUACUAGAUUCAAGUUUAAAAGGCUUCAUUUCAAUCACUUUGCCUCUGAGUGGGAAAGGUAUAUAUGUCUCGUGCAAAAGACAAGUAACUGAGGUAUUGUUGAUCGGGUUAUUGAACCUGCAACCCUUUAUUCUGGUACCAGUUUUUACCAGAGAAAUGCUCUAGUCUCUCUGGUCCAAUUGGAUGCUUUUGUUCGAACAAUUGGGUAUAAACUAGUUGCAAUAGAUAUUGUGUCCGCCAAGGGACUGGUAGGUCAGGGGUUCGAUCCCUACUGUGUGAGCCCUCUUACGAUCACUCCCGAAGACAACAAAACACUUGUCUUACCCAGGAAACUGACUUAGUGAGCAUCUUACUGGCUAGUAUAACCAUAUGAAAGAGAUUUCUGCUAUAAAAAGUGUCUUGUUGUUUGUUAUUGUUUCUUAAAUUUGUGUGGUUUUGAUAAGUAUAUACAUGGUAAUGAUAUAGGUUAUAGCAAUUGAAAGAAACCAAGUGCAAAGUUCCAGUUGGAUCCCAAUUUAUCUGAAUGUAACAAAAAUAAAUUUUUGAACUGACAAUCUGGCAUGUAAGAAUUACGCAAUAUGGUACAAAAAUGCUUAGUAUCCUGGACGCUGACUUAUCAAAGAUCUUUGGACAAAUUUAAGUAUGCUUGAUUGAUUUUUGUCGGCUUUGGUACUACUUAAAUGUAACCCACAGGUACGGACAAUUUACUACAACGUACCUCGGAAUUCUAAUGCUAAAAAAGUCAAUGUCGGCUAUUUUUUGCAUUUAAUUGUGUUCAUAUUUAUGUCAGUAUUUUGUAAAAUGGCCUCACUAUUAUCGAAACUCUUACUCAAAAAAAGAAUGUUUAGGCAGGUUUCUUUAAAAGAGAAUUUUGUUUCGUAUUCCGUAGCGCAUUUUAUGACAUCAGAUUUGGAGCAAAAAUAAAACUGGUGCAUUCUUAAUUUGUUGGGUAUGUUUUAUGAUAUUUUUCGUACCUUGGGUACAUUUAAGUAGUACCCAAGCUGAACAUGACGAAUUGAGCUUAAAUAAUGGCUGCAUAUCGGGUUCACAACACAAAAGCAUUUAUAACCCGUAUGCUCCUUAAAUAAUGAGCCUACAAACCUUUCAAGGCUAGGAAUAUAAUAACCUGAAUUAAUUGAUCAUUUAGGUUGGUACUCAAUUACAAUCUUCACAAAAUUAUAUUGUUCCUUAAAAUUGAGUUUUGUUAUUUCAUAAGAUGGGUUUCAGAUUCUUGUGCUCUGAAUCUGAGUGUAUUGCAUUAUGCGAAAAUAGGUAUUAUGUCAUUUGUGCCAAGCAUAGCUCUAGAAUAGCCCAGUCUGCUAAUGAGACCACAAAACCUUGUGUGACUGUAUAACAGAACGGACAUACUGUAUAACAGAACGGACAUACUGUAUAACAGAACGGACAUACUGUAUAGCAGAACGGACAUAUUGUAUAGCAGAACGGACAUACUGUUUAACAGAACGGACAUACUGUAUAACAGAACGGACAUACUGUAUAACAGAACGGACAUACUGUAUAACAGAACGGACAUACUGUUUAACAGAACGGACAUACUGUAUAACAGAACGGACAUACGGUAUAACAGAACGGACAUACGGUAUAACAGAACGGACAUACUGUAUAACAGAACGGACAUACUGUAUAACAAAACGAACAUACUGUAUAACAGAACGGACAUAAUGUAUAACAGAGCGGACAUACUGUAUAACAGAACGGACAUAAUGUAUAACAGAACGGACAUACUGUAUAACAGAAAGGACAUACUGUAUAACAGAACGGACAUACUGUAUAACAGAACGGACAUCGUAGCCCUUGACCUGACUUCGCAAUUGCACAGGCUGGUAUGGAUCUACACUGGCAUUAUAUGGCAUUAGACCCUUUUUUGCAUACCAUGGGACACUGAUCUACACUUUGUAAACUGAUAAAAUAUUGAUGAAUGAAUGAAAAACUGUAAUUUAAGUUCAGAAGAAGUAGCAUCAUAAAAAAGAUCAGUUUUAUUCAAUUGCAAAUCAGUUUCUAUACAGCAGAAAACUCUUUCAUGUACAUUAGGCAUGUAGAUUGUGGGGACAUCACCAUAAGUCUUAGCACAUUCUUUCAUACGUCACAGAAACACAAUUUAGGUUCAGCAACAAACACAACGUUUUUUGUUGGUGGUUAUUUGCUUGUUAUAAAUUUCUUUGAAUUAAACAAUAUUUGAUUGUUGAAGCACUAAUCAUUAAGAUCAUUAAUUUAUGAAUUAUCCCAGUAAUGUUAUUUAGCAUUCCUGGCUCGAAAUCAUGUCAGUUUAAUAUUGCAAGAAUAAAAUGUUUACAUCGUAUAUAUUCGCUUAAAAACACUAUUUACACCAAUGUCAUUUCCAUAUAAUUUAAUACAUCAACAACAUUGGAAAUGCUGUAUCUGACUAUUUCUUUUAUUUGAAUCUCAAAGUAAUUCCCCUUAUUCAAAUUGUUGACUAUUCCUGAAUGAGCAAGUCCUUCCUAGAAAAUGGAGAAAUAUGCAAGCCUUGGCCUUUGAUGUUAACUGUGAAUUUUAAGAAUAGAUCAAUAUUUUUUUUAAUAUGCAAAGUAAUGUUUAGAAGUUCAACAUUCUGUGCAGUGAAAAGGAUUUUUUGCAUUUAAUUAAAUAUUAACAGAUUUUUUUUCUUAUGUCAGCGUUCAGGCAUUAGCAAGCCCUGCUUAUUAUACAAAUAAUGGACACUUGACCUAAGCUGCAAUACCACCCAACAACAAACAUUUCCAUUUACAAAUAUUAACCAGAUCUUAUAUUCCAUUGUUGAUGGGCAAUAUACAUUGCUAAUUACGAAAUAGUUUUACGAUGUUGCUAAAGAUUAUAGUAGAAAGGGAUUAGUCCUAUUCAAGUUAUUUCUCAAUAAAAUAUGUGUGUUUUUCCUAUAUACAUGUAUAACUUCAUGUUGACCUUGGUUAUAGUAUUUCAUUCCUUUUAAAAUCGAUCUUUCUUCGAAAUGAUGUUUGUUUUGUAUUUAAUUGAAACGCAUUAUGUUAUUGCAUAUGUAUGUUUAUGCCGAUGAGCUGUAUAUAUGCAUCAGUCAAAAUAAACUAUUAAUUUCUGUU